AUGGCGUCCAGAGAGGUCAGCAUCCAGAUGGCGUGGGUACUGAACGGCCAGCCGUGGUGUGCCCCGUCCCCGGAGCCGCUUCUCCUUCGUGUGCCGUCGCGGGCCGCCAGCAUUUCUUCAAUGGAUGCCGCCGAUGCCGUUGUUUCCGGCGGCAGGACCACCAAGGAAGCGGCCGCGGCUUCUUACGCUGAGACGUCGAGCUCUGUCUUGAUCAGCGUGCCAGGCUCGCCUUCGGGGCUCCACCUCGCGCAGCUUGGCAUGCCGCCGUUCGUCCGCGCCAACGAGACCGGCGUGGACGCCCCUGCCGUGCCGCCGAGCGAGUCGAAGGUCGAGCGGGUUCACCACCCGGCCGUGCCACCGAGCGAGUCGAUGGUCGAGCGGGUUCACCACCCGGCAGUGCCGCAGCUGCUGAAGCAGGCCCGGCACCACUCGCAGCCGUCCUUGGUUGUUAGAGUCGGCGGCGAGGUGCCGGCGGUGCUGCGGAGCGACAGCAUGCGGGAGCGAGACCGGCGGUUUGACCAAUUCAAGACGUUCUCUGGCCGCCUUGAACGACAGCUCUCCAGCCUCCGUGGGGUGCCACAGAACACCGACGUGGAAAAAGGUGCGGCAUCAAAGAUCUCAGAGGAGGACACCGACGAGGACGAUGAAGUGCCCACCGCCGACCGCUACUUCGCCGCGCUCGAAGGACCCGAGCUCGAGACACUUCGGUCGACAGAGGUGGCCGUGUUGCCUAAGGACGAGACAUGGCCGUUCCUGCUCCGGUUCCCCAUCAGCGCCUUUGGGAUGUGCCUUGGCGUGAGCAGCCAGGCCAUGCUCUGGAAGACCCUGCAGACGGAGCCUUCCACCAAGUUUCUUCACGUGCACCCGGUCGUCAACCACGUCCUCUGGUGGGUCUCCGUCGCACUCAUGGGGGUCGUCUCAAUCACCUACCUCUUGAAGAUCGUCUUCUACUUCGAGGCCGUCCGCCGUGAGUUCCAUCACCCGGUGCGCGUCAACUUCUUCUUCGCGCCAUGGAUCGCCUGCCUCUUCCUCGUCAAGGGUUUGCCACAUCCGGUGUGGGAGAUCCACCACGCCGUCUGGUAUGUGCUCAUGGCUCCCAUCUUGUGCCUCGACCUUAAAAUCUACGGACAAUGGAUGUCUAGCGGCGAGCGACGCCUCUCUAAGGUGGCUAACCCAUCCAACCACCUUGCCGUCGUCGGCAACUUCGUCGGUGCGCUGCUAGGCGCCAGGAUGGGACUCCGAGAGCUGCCCAUCUUCUUCUUUGCUGUCGGGUUGGCCCACUAUGUCGUGCUCUUCGUCACUCUCUAUCAGCGGCUCCCGACCAACGUGCAACUCCCCAAGGAGCUCCACCCAGUGUUCUUCCUUUUCGUUGCCGCACCUAGCGUUGCAUCCAUGGCGUGGACAAGGAUCUCUGGCGAGUUCAACAAUGGUGCUAAGCUCCUUUACUUUGUCUCACUAUUCCUCUAUGUGUCGCUGGUGGUACGCGUCAACCUCUUCCGGGGGUUUAGGUUCUCCCUGUCAUGGUGGGCAUACACAUUCCCGAUGACGAGUGUGGCCUUGGCGACAGUGUUGUAUGCAUCAGAGGUAGACAACAUGCUGACACGGGCACUGGCAGUCGGAUUGUCAGGAAUCGCUGUUGUCACAGUCACCAGCGUCCUAGCCACCACCAUGUACCAUACCUUCGUGCGCAAGGACCUCUUCCCCAACGACGUAUCCAUCGCCAUCACAUGGCGAAGGCCCAAGUUUAGCAAGAUCCUCGCGCACCUUCGGUCGUCGAGCUCUGAUGUCAAGGAGCUUGUUCUCUCCAUCCCAAAUUUCAGUUCCAAUUCCAAGCAGGGCGCAUACUCCGAUGAUGCCGGCUCCAACUCCAGGAUGAGCGGGAGUGUCGGCGAGUCUCCAGUGGCGCACGGGCAUCGAAGAACAGAGUGUUAG